UGGGACACUCAAACCCCUCCACCACGAUAAGAUGGCAGCCAAGGAGAUUUUUUUCCAAAUGCGUUAAAUAUGUGAUUUCAAAAGUUAAGACAGUGACAUUUCUGCUUUAUUAUUGGUGAAUUUUCUAAACUAGCAGUAAAAGACCGAGGCGCAUCAAAAAAAAAAAAAAAAUCCUAUUUAAGCAUUCCAAAGCAAUCUUUGAUUGAAAGUAAGCAUUCUUUAAACACACCACAAGUCUUAAAGAUAAUCCCUCUGAAACUGAACUCGCAUUCUGACAAGAAGAUCCACUGUAUGAAGUGAAAAAAAACAACUUGUACCUGUAAAAUCCUCACUCCUCUUACAUAAACAAUGUUAGAUGUGUGUAUAUGUGAGGGGUGGGGUGUGACCCAAACAUAUCAAGCUCAAAGAAGACAUGGAAACACAAGAAAGGUCACUCUCAGCGCCUGCUCAACGUAAAACCAGAUGAGAAAUGAAAAGCGUACACAGGAGACUGCAACAAAGGAGGACGGCAGCGUAAUAGAGACAUGGAAAACUCAGCCAGCAGGAGAUAGAGAAGAUGGCACCAUUCAGUCAUCUGGUGACAAAGACUGUGGUGCAGCCGAAGACCAGAAAACCAAUGGGCAACUUCUUGUCAUCUUAAGAGAGCUAGAAUCCAAACUUAGAGACACUCAGAAAGAGAUGGAGGUCCUGAAGUCACAGGUUCAAGGCAACAAGGUAGCAUUUGGAGCAUCUAUAAGUGUAGGUGGAAGUGUUGGACCUUUUAAUACCCACAUCACACUGGUCUACAAAAAGAUCUACACCAACACAGGAUCAUUCAACCCAGGAACAGGUAUUUUUACGGCUCCUGUCAAAGGAGUCUAUUACUUCAGCUUCUCUGGACACAAUCAUUCAACUCAACCAAUGGGACUGCAGCUGAUGAAGAAUGGAGAGCAGAUGGUCACUGUCUACAACCAUGCUGCUGGAAACCGUCCUGAGACGGCCACCAAUGGGAUGACUCUGAAGCUUGAAGUUGGAGACCAGGUUUACAUGAGACUGAUGCAAAACACCUGGAUGUUUGACAAUUACAAUGAUCAUAGCACAUUUAUUGGCCAUUUAUUGUUCCCUCUGUAAGGUUCCUGCAAAACUACUAAAAUAAAUGCUAAAAGAAUGAAAGCUAACAUACACAUGAAAUUGAUUUAUUUCGGUGAUAAUAUUUAGGGUAACGUACUUAUGGGGACAGAUAUCAAGAUAAAAUUAGAAUCUGUGUGUGCUAUGUCUUAAAUGUGAGGUGAUCUGAUGUAUGCAAUUAAAGACAUUUUACAAUCAUUCAUGUUUGACUAAUUAAACUCCAAUAAAGACAAUUUUUUUCAUUGCAAACACCUGUCUCUUUUGUUGAAAAACCAUUUGUGUUGAAGCUCCUUUCAUGCUUUUAUUCAGUUUUACACAAGGAUGUGAAAAUGUAAUUUUCUAAAUGCUUCAAG